AUGCGCUUGCUGCUGUUACUGGCUCUAACCUCGACGGGUCUGGCAUCACCACUUGCCGCUUCGCAAUUGGUUCUAAAGGAACAAGCUGCUCCUCAAUGUGCUGUUGACUGCAAACAACAAGUACUUGCUGUCGUUGCCACACAAUGCUCCAUGAGCAACACAUCCUCGGCGCAAUACCUCAAUUCUCGCGAAUGCGACAUUCCUACCGUGCAACGGUAUUCUGGAGUUGAUGCCGGUACCCUUAUCCCAUUCAUAGCUGCUACCAUCCUUUUCACGAUUAGAAUGACUGCCAAAUCACUGCGUCUGGGUGGCGGUUGGGGUGCUGAUGAUUUUACUUUAAUUGCGGCAUACGGACUUGCUAUCGUGAUUUUUGCUUUGAACGUAUCGAUGAUUCAAUAUGGCUUCGGAAAAAACAUGUGGGAUAUUGUACCACAAAAUAAUAUCACAGAGGCCUAUAAGCGCUUUUAUGCGUUUGUCUUGGUGUACAAAGCACUUAUGUCCCUUGCAAAAAUCUCCGUCUGCCUUUUCUUGCUGCGAAUUUUCCAGUCUACCGUGUUCCGAUAUAUCAUGUAUACCAUGAUCGCGCUAAAUUCUGCUAUUGGGAUCACAUGGAUACUUGUUGACAGCUUCCAUUGUAUCCCUGUCCAUCUAGCCUGGAUUGGAUGGGAAAAUGAGGAGUCCGGAAAAUGUAUCGACUUCAUCACCUCAACUUUCGUCAACGGAUUCGUCAACAUUGCAGUGGAUACUAUCAUGGUGUCUAUGCCCAUGUACGAAGUGUUGAACUUGAAGUUGUCCCGUCGCAAACGAAUGGGCGUUGCGGUGAUGUUUGGAAUGGGACUGGUGUAA